AUGAGCGCUGAUCUGGAGCGCGUUUCGCUCAACACAUCGGUGACAGGCUCGGCCGGCGGCACGGGCUCGGGCGGCCGUGCGCUGUCGGCGAACGUCCGGCGGCUCCACAACGCUCUGAACGUGCUGCUGAGCGAGCUGGAGAGAGAGCAGUUCAUCCACUGCCUCAAUGUGUACCACGCCAAGCGCAACGUCUUCGACCUGGUCCAAACUCUCAAAGUGAUCCUGAACACGGACACUAAACGGCAGCUGCUGCCCAUGCUGCGCCUGGUCAUCCCGAGGUCUGACCAGCUGCUGUUUGACCAGUACACCUCCGAGGGGCUCUACCUGAAGAGCGAGCUCAUCCCCAGUAACGGCAGCGCGGAGGGAGAGCCCGCUCUCAGCAGGUAUGUCAGCCCGGGCUGCAGCCAGGACGCGGAGCUGUCAGCCUCCAUGGCCCCGCACUUCUUUGAGAGUCCUUUUGGAGAAAUGCGCCAGGUGACCCUCACGCGCUCCAGGAGCCAUGAAGGUUUGGGCUUCAGCAUCCGUGGGGGGUCCGAGCACGGCGUGGGGAUCUACGUGUCCCUGGUGGAGCCGGGAUCUUCGGCCGAGAGAGAGGGGCUGAGAGUCGGGGACCAGAUAGUCACCGUGAACGAGCUGCUGUUUGACAACGUCUCACACGUAGACGCAGUCAAGGUGCUAAAGGGAUGCAAGAAGCUGGCCAUGUCAGUGUGUUCAAUGGGUCGGAUCCCUGGAGGCUAUAUCACCAACCAUGUGUACAGCUGGGUGGACCCUCAGGGCCGCAGUGUCUCCCCUCCGCCUGACAACCAUGAAAUCAACCAGAGGCAGGGGCCCGGGAUGGAGGAGAGGACGGUGAACCUCAACAUGGACGACGGUCGCUCCCUCGGCCUGAUGAUCCGAGGUGGCGCUGAGUAUGGACUGGGUAUCUACAUCACUGGAGUGGAUCCUGGAUCUGCUGCAGAUGCCGGAGCACUAAAGGUGGGCGAUCAGAUCCUGGAAGUGAACGGCCAGAGCUUUGUUACCAUCUCCCACGAUGAGGCGGUCCACAUCCUGAAGACAGGGCGCCACCUGCUGAUGAAGGUGAGGGAUGUGGGUCGUCUGCCUCACGCUCGCACCGUGGUCGAUGAGACAAAGUGGAUCUGCAGUCAGGCCAUCGCAGAAACCAACGCUACAGUGAGCCAGGGCUCUGUCACCAACUCCAGUGUGAACACUGGAGUCCAGACCAAUGUCAGCGCCUGCAGCUCAAGACCCUCGUCGGCCAGAGCCACUCCGGUUUUAGGGAAGCCAGCGGGGUACAGAGGUGUGGGCCCCCCAGGUGCUCUGGUGAGCCUGGAGCAGCAGGCCUACAUGCUGCUGACGGAGCCGGAGAGGCAGACCAUGGCGUACUACCUGCAGGAGUACCAGGACGGACACAUCGGGGUGGAGCCGCUGGUCAUGGCACUGUUUGAGCUCUUCAACACCCAUGCAAAGCUGUCCAUGUUGUCCGAGGUGAGGAGCCUGGUGCCCCCCCAGGACCUGGAGCUAUACGACCGGCUGGUGCUACACCGAGAGAGGGAGGCCCACCAGGCCUGGCAUGGAGGAAUCGGAGUCAUGCACCCACAGGCCCUCUGCCCACACACGGCUCCUGUGGGCCAUGAUGCAGGACACACCGUCCCUGCUACGUCGGACGGCUCUGCUGGUGGCUGGACGGAAAAAGGCGAGGAUGAGAGCAUGAACGCCUUACAGAACAUUGCACUGGAUGACAGGCAGGCUUCGGCUGAGUCCCCUCCCCCCUUCAGGGCGGCCCCCCUCCAGGCCCAGAGCAGACCGUCCAGAGAGAGAGAGCUCAGAGGGAAGCCUUCAGCCCGACUCGUGCAGCCCGGCUCCAACCUGCUCUUUAGCGGCCCCACCCGGCUCCUACAGGAGUGUCUCCACAAGUCGCUCAAAUCCCUCCCCACCAUCAACCAGCCGUGCCCAGGCCCCGCCCACCACACCUGUGUUACCGCCUGCCACCACACGUCUCUUCCCAAUCAGCUCCACCACACCUGUCAGAGCCCCCUGCUGCUCUCCGACUCUGAACAGCUCAACCACGCCCACUUCUCCCAUCACUUCCAUCACCACGCCGCUCCUCUCAACCGGCCCAGCUCGGGACACCACACCUGCCCGGGCUUCCUGCACCACCGGGACUCCUCUAAACCAGAGGUGUCAGUCAGACUGGCCCCCAGAUCCAGCUCGUAUGAGAAGUCUGGAGUCUUAUCAAAGUCUGCGUCCUCUUCCAAAGCAGCCUCUCCCAUAGUGUCGCCUCAUCCAUCCCCCCGUCCCUCACCUUGUCCUUCCCCAUGCCCCUCCCUAAUCACACCAGCCGCACCGCCCUGUAGUCCAGACCGACCGUGUUCGCCCGCGCUGACCCAGAAAACCAUCGUGACGGACAUGAACCGGCUGUCUGCAGACUCCAGACCACAGCAGAGAGGAGCCACCUUGUCCCAGCUGUCAGACAGCGGACAGACGCUGAGCGAGGACAGCGGGGUAGACAUAGCCGAAGCGGGGGCCCUCAGUAAGGACGGCAGUCCUCGACCCAGCAAGAACCAGCAGGGCCACCAGGAGCAGUCGGGAGCCCACGCACCUCCUCAGACAGCCUCACCGGUGCCAGCAACCACGACUACCCUGGUACGAGUGAUGAAGAACGCCAACACGCUUGGCAUCGCUAUAGAAGGCGGGGCCAACACACGCCAACCUCUUCCACGCAUUGUCACCAUUCAGAGAGGAGGCUCAGCUCAUAACUGCGGCCAGAUGAAGGUGGGUCAGGUCAUCCUGGAGGUCAACGGCAUUUCCCUGAGAGGCCGGGAGCAUAAGGAUGCUGCCCGGAUCAUCGCUGAGGCCUUCAAGACCAAAGAGAAGGACCACAUUGACUUCCUGGUGGUUGAACCAGGACUCUAGUAGGAGGACUUUGCACUUUAUGCAGCUCAGUUUAAAAAAGACUCUGACUGAGGGAACUGAAAGGAAUCCUCAUGAUGACGUGGUAUAAUCACAGCCUGAGAAAUAUUGGGGGAUGCGCUGAGUUUUUGAUGAUUGCACUCCACAAAGAUUUGCACAAU